AUGAUAAAUUCAAAUGGAACAAUAUCGAUAUUAAAUUAUUUUUCAACAAAUCAAACUUGUCAAUUAUUUUAUACAAAUUUUACUUCGAUCUUCAUUGAAUUUAGUCUCAAUUCUUCUUUGAUAUUUAUGAAUCAAUCAGCAAUAUUCAUAGCACAGAAAUCGACUACGACAUCAAUAUUCACAACAACAACAAUAACAACAGCAUCCACAACAUCCACAACAUUAACAACCACAACAACAACAACCACAUCAUCCACAUCAUCCACAACAACCACAACAACAAUCACAACAACCACAACAACAAUCACAACAACUACAACAACCACAACAUCAACAACAAUCACAACAACUACAACAUCAACAACAAUCACAACAACCACAACAUCAACAACAAUCACAACAACCACAACAUCAACAUCCACAACAACAGCAGUACAGCGUCAGUACUAUGUUAAAUGA